UUCAGGUUUAUUUCGGUUGGAUUCUUGAUUCUUGAUUCUUGAUCGGUGAUCGCCCCGUUCAUGAUUUUGAACAGAAGACAGCUGCGUCCAAACUCUCUUGCCAAGUAUCGAGUCACAUCUUUCCGACCACAAACUCACGCACACGCCUGCAGCAUUCAGCUUGUGUAGCGCAGGCCAAUCGCGAUGUCGCCGAAUCCCUGACUAUCCUCGAGGGUGUUGUCGCUUUGCGACCUACACAAAGGCUCAAAAGCAGCACUUCGACCGGAACGAUACAGAAUCGAAAGCGUAUCAAGACCAAGCUCGUCCUUCUCUUGCCUCGCCUGCGUCACCGGACUCUUUUGUGUGUGUCAUGUCAGACUCCAGCAACGAAGUACUGGUCAACGUAUUUGGCACUUUGGGCGCGGUCCUCUGGUCUGUUCAGCUCCUGCCUCAAAUCUACCUCAAUCAUCGCCGGCGUCAAGUGCAGGGAGUCCAGCCAUCCUUCAUGAUGCUAUGGGCCGUCAGCGGGCUCGCGCUUGGCGUGCACAAUGUGCUGGCCAAUGUCAACAUUGCAUUACAGGUUCAAGCUCAAAUUCUAACCGCACUUUCCCUAAGUGUGUUGGUAGUCGAGACUAGCGCAGAUAACAGGCUGCCCACCGCUCAUCGCCCGGCUCCCCCAUUCUUUGCAGUUACCUGGGCGCAAAUCAUGUACUUUGAACACCAAUGGAGCAAGCUCCGCACAUGUCUCAUCACCUCCAGUCUUGCAUUCGCCUUUGCCGGAGUCGAAGCAGCGCUCAUUGCAGGAUUGAGGUAUGGCCUGACGCAGGGACCUCCUCGCUGGUUCCUCACCUUUAUGGCCAUCCUCGCAGCAGUAGGUCUGGCACUCGGCGUCCUGCGAGAAUAUGUGGACAUUCUCCGCACGCAGUCGACCCAAGAUCUCAGUCUCAUCUUCGUCUACCUAGAUGCGGGGGGAGAUUUGACGAGCUUGAUCAGCGUUGCGCUAGCAUCGCCCUUGUCCAUCGAGUCCAUUGUGAUUUACGCAUCGGAGCUUUUGCUGUGGAUAGGCAUCAUGAUCUUGGCAGUGUGGUUCGGGCCUAUGAAGAGGUGGAGACAUCGGAAGGCAACAAAGUCUCACAGCGUGAAUAUCGGCAUCGAACAGCAUGUAGAAGAUGCAGAGACCACACAAGCAGCAGAAUUGACAUGAAUGAGUGCUGGCCC